CAGGCGGUGGCCGUCGGCGUUCUCCCCGGGGUGCCCAGGUGGAAGGUGGCCCUCGGGCUGGUGCCUUGCGCCUGGGUGUCGCUGCAGACGGUGUUCUGCGCCUUCGCGGCGGCGCGGGAGUGGGCCACCGCCCCAGCGCGAGCAGCUUCCCCUCGGCACGGCGUGCUCGGUGACGUUCCUGGCGGGCCAGGCUUCGUGUGGGACGACGGUGCGCGCGUCGCGGAGGAACGCCACGGGGGGGAACUUCCUCCGUCUCGAGACCUCAGGCGUCGUCGUCGUCGUCGACGUCGUCUUCGUCGUCGUCGUUGUCCGUGGUGGAGGCGCGUCCCCCCCGCUGCCGCUGCCGGUAUCUGCAUUGUUCACCUGGUUGUUCGACUGCCUCCUGGCCGUGACUACGCCGUAGGCUUCC